ACAGGUCAGAAGGGGGUGGGGCCGCCUCCCACGAAACACAAUUUAAAUGAAUAGUGGGAGUGUGCAGUCGCUCUGGUUUUAGAACGACAGAGGCAGAAGCAUCAGUCCAACCGGGAAACUACAAGUCAUUUUCUCACAGUGAGGUAUCCAACAAGGACGACAAAGCUUGAACCAUGUGUGGGAUCUUUGCCUACCUGAAUUACCAAGUGCCUCGCACCAGAAAGGAGAUAUUUGAGACGCUGGUGAAGGGACUGCAGAGACUAGAGUACAGAGGGUAUGAUUCAGCAGGUGUCGCCGUGGAUGGCCCCAGCAAGACGACCACUGACAUCAAUGGCAGCACCAUCUGUUUGAUCAAGAAGAAGGGGAAGGUCAAGGCUUUGGACGAGGAGCUAUACGAGAAAGACUCGCUGGACCUGGAUGAGGAGCUGUGCACACACUUUGGCAUCGCUCACACUCGCUGGGCCACACACGGAGAGCCAAGCGCUCUUAACAGCCACCCUCAUCGCUCUGACAAGGAUAAUGAGUUUGUUGUUAUCCACAAUGGCAUCAUCACCAACUACAAAGAGCUGAAGGAGUACCUGAUCACCAAAGGAUAUGAGUUUGAGUCAGAGACAGACACAGAGGUGAUCCCCAAAUUGAUCAAAUAUGUUUAUGACAACCGAGAGACUGACAACGUCACCUUCUCCACCGUGGUAGAGAGAGUCAUUCAGCAGCUGGAGGGGGCCUUCGCUCUGGUGUUUAAAAGCCGUCACUUCCCUGGAGAGGCUGUGGCCACUAGGAGAGGAAGUCCAUUGCUCAUUGGUGUGCGAAGCGAGCACGAGCUGUCGACUGAAAACAUCCCCAUCCAGUACAACAGUGCUCACUUCAAGGAUGGAGUCCAGGAGAAGAACAGCCAUAACUCUGUGGGGGAUGGAAGGGCUGUGGAGUAUUACUUUGCCUCUGACGCCAGUGCCAUCAUUGAGCACACCAACAAGGUGCUGUACAUGGAAGAUGACGACAUUGCAGUGGUGAUCGGUGGGAAACUGUCCAUCCACAGGGUGAACAGGCGGGCUGGUGAGGAUCCAGUGAGAGCAAUCCAGACCCUGCAGAUGGAGUUGCAACAGAUCAUGAAAGGUAACUUUGAUUCCUUCAUGCAGAAGGAGAUCUUUGAGCAGCCAGAGUCAGUAGUCAACACAAUGAGAGGCCGGAUAUGUUUUGACUCCAACACAGUGGUUCUCGGCGGACUGAAGGACCACCUGAAAGAAAUCAAGCGUUGCAAACGGUUAAUCCUGAUCGGCUGUGGCACUAGCUUCCACGCUGCAGUGGCUACCAGACAGAUCCUCGAGGAGCUGACAGAGCUGCCUGUCAUGGUGGAGCUGGCAAGUGACUUCCUGGACCGCAACACGCCUGUUUUCAGAGAUGACGUUUGCUUCUUCAUCAGUCAGUCAGGAGAGACAGCAGACACCUUGAUGGCGUUACGCUACUGCAAGAACAAUGGUGCUCUGACAGUUGGUAUAACCAACACUGUGGGCAGCUCCAUCGGUAGAGAAACAGACUGUGGAGUUCACGUCAAUGCUGGGCCUGAGAUAGGAGUGGCUAGCACAAAGGCCUACACCAGUCAGUUUGUGGCCCUCAUCAUGUUUGCCCUAAUGAUGAGUGAGGACAGGCUCUCCCUGCAGACGAGAAGACUGGAAAUCAUCAAUGACCUCAAGGUGCUACCAGAGCUGAUAAAGAAGGUGUUGAGUCUGGAUGAGAAGAUCAAAGCUAUCGCAAACGAACUUUAUCAGCAAAGGUCUCUUCUGGUCAUGGGAAGAGGUUUCAACUAUGCGACUUGCCUAGAGGGGGCACUGAAAAUCAAGGAGAUCACUUACAUGCACUCAGAGGGCAUCCUGGCUGGGGAGCUGAAGCAUGGUCCUCUGGCACUUAUAGACAAAGACAUGCCAGUCAUCAUGAUCAUCAUGAGAGACGGCUGCUACACAAAAUGCCAGAACGCUCUGCAACAAGUCACUGCCAGAUCAGGGCGGCCCAUCAUCAUUUGUUGCCAGGACGACCCUGAGAUGACUAAGAACGCCUACCAGACCAUCGAGUUGCCACAUAUUGUGGACUGCCUGCAGGGCAUCCUCAGUGUCAUCCCCCUGCAGCUCAUGUCCUUCCACUUGGCCGUUCUGCGAGGAUUUGAUGUUGACUUUCCCAGAAACUUGGCCAAGUCUGUGACUGUGGAAUAACUACAGUUCAAAACACCCAGGAGAAGAGAAAGGAGGCUCAUAGAUUUACAGUGCAAUUGUACAAUUGAACGUUAAAUAUGUUUGCGUGUGCAUGUGUGUGAGUACUUGUGUAUGUGUGAUAUGGUUGGGGUAAAGUAGGGGUGUGUGAAUGUGUGUGUGUAAGUAUGCAGUUGAGUGGGUAUGAGAGAGAAAAUAACAAAUGAAAAAGGGGGGUAUACGGUACAAUUAAAGAGAAAUGUGAAGUCCGACCAAUACACUGCUGAGGAAGUGCCAGUGCCAUUAAGGUCUCGCGGAACAAUCUAUGAAACCAACAUUCACACAUCCAAAGUGUCAUGCUGUGCCUUUUGUCUUAUCUCGAGUUGAGCCAAACACAUACAACAGGCAGAGCAGAAAAACAUCGAUAUGGUACAUUGAAGUGUUUACAGUUGUGCAAUAUGGGGACCAAAUGUGCAUUAUGAAUGUACACAAUCAUGAGUGAAGUUAUUAAUUCUCUUCCUGUUUUAUGAAUUUCUUAUGUCUUUUGGGGCCUUCUUACCUCUCUUUGCAUUAUGGGGAAAUGAAUGAAUUUAACUGUUUUGUUGCAGAGAGUCCUCUGAUUUUUGAAAAUCUCAAUAUUGUAUGUUUUUUUGCACAUUUAUACCAUCACAGUGCCUUAAACCAUAACAUUAACCCAAUAUUUUUAGCAAAAACUACCAGGAGGAAGUUCCUCGAUCUAACUACUUAUAUAUAAUAUAUUUUGGCUCCAUGUUAGUUCAUUUUAAUUUAAAAAAAUAAUAUUAUACGUCGAUUCUGUGUAACAGAAUUGCAUUUUCCAAAGUCAACUCAUUGUUGAAUUUUUUUUUUUAAAUGUGAUUUCUUUAUACUCCCUCGUGUCAUAGGGUGAAGCAUUUCCAUAGACAUUUUUUUUUUAUAAUAAUGAUAAUAUUCUGUAUUUAUCUGAUUUUUAUUUUAUAGGGGGCUUCAGAGAGGGUUUGAUUUAUAUCAUUAACUCUGAUUGUAUUUUAUACUGUAUGUUCUAUAGAGAAAUGGGCACCAUCAAUCAAUAAAUAGAUAAAGCAUUUUAA